AUGGACUAUCUGCUUGAUGCAUAUGUGUUUCCGUAUCUUCCCUUCAGCGUUUCAGAAGAUUCCAGGAAAUACGUUACUGAAAAGGCCGUUGAUUUAGUGAGGGUAAGUGAAACAGUGUUUUGUUGUUCUCCUUCACAGUGGUUCAUUCAUACCAUUUUUAGGGUGCUGAUUGGCUUUUGAAGUUUCAAGACCCCAGAAAAAUCUAUGACAAUCAUACAAGCUUCUUGGCAUGCGAAUUGGUUUUCUUUGUAACAUGUUUCCUCACUUUUGUCCACGGUAAUCGAAGUUGAAGGUUAUUUGUGUAUAUUGUUCAUGUUUAUUAUUAUAGCUUGGCGUCAUGGCGGCCGAUAUUUAUUCGUGUGGUUUGGGAUCUUUAUCCACGCUCUGAACGUCGAGAAUCUCUGUUAUUGGAUCCCGGAUCUCGAUAAUUUCUGGCAAGCCCAAGGUUUGAUGACCUUCUUUGGAAUGAGAGCUCCUCUGUAUAUUAUUCUUGGCAUCUAUCACACAUUUGAUUACAUUUCUUAUAUCUUCGUCAAGCGGUAAGUGUGAAGCUUAUCUGAUAGAUUUAAUUUUUAUCUCCUUUUUGUCUAAAACACCUUUAUUUUAGUUUGCAUCUUCCAUGGUGGGCUGAAGGCCCGGCUGUUGGUCUGGGCGCGGUGAUGUUGGACAUGCCCUACGAUAUUAUGGGGAUAAAAUUGCUUUGGUGGACAUGGCAUGAUACAGAUCCCAACAUCUUCGACCGGACAUAUUGGGUCCCCUGGAAUUCUUAUUACUUCCACGCCUCCUUUGCGUGUUCCUUCGUUUGGAUCCUGCAUUUCUCCCGGAAAUAUCUUGUCAGUGAAGUCUAUGACUGGAAGAAGUUUGGUCGGGAGUUCCUUUGUGUCUUCUUAGCUGGUACUCUUGCUUUCUGGGGUGGUACCAUUCAGUUCUCUCUUCUUUACCAUCCUCUACACGACUUCCUUGGAGUGCAUUCCGAGGUGACGUCCACCAUUUUCUUGAGUUUUUAUAUGCUGAUUGUUUGGAUCGCUGAUCGACAGAACAAAAACCCUGAGGCCAGGGAAGGAAACAGAUUCUGGUACGAUGAGUUGGCUCUGGCCGUCUCCCUCCAUUAUCUCUUCUACAUGAUCUUGGUUUGCAUUGCUGAUCCUGCGAAUAUUGUGGCCGAGGGAUUACAUCAGCCAAUUGGAGACUGUAAAAUAAAACAAAAGGUCCAAACUCCCACCGGACUCGUCCUGUACAAGAGCAAAUACUUGUGUGCUACAAAUUACGACGAAGGAUACUUUGACUUCCAUUGUUUGCCUGGGGGUAAACCACCCCAACAAAUCGAGAAUCAGCCCUUGGAGUGGUAUGCCAUUUGUGGAACUCCAUUUGAGAACAGAGCCGAGUAUAUUUUUAUCAUCUGGUAAGCAGUUAUUUUAUUGUUAAGUCAUGUCUGUUUCAAUGAUGUACCCUUAUUUUUAGGUCUAUUUGUAUCUUAUAUGGUGCUAUUUUCUAUCAAGUGGCCGCACGAUCCGGAAGAACACCUAAGAUUCCAUCAAUCCUUUACCGAAGAAUCCAUCAAAACUCAGAAUCUCUGAAGAACAAACUCAAGAACCUAUCGCCCAUCAAGUCGAAGAAGAACGAUUAA